GUUCUAGACUAGUUUUUUUCUCAAACGGCAGUCUUUAAUAGCAUAUGGCAGACUGCUAUUGAAAUGACUGAAAGGUUCAAAAACAGUUAAUGAUUUAUCAUGUUGGCCAGAUACGUUCAAAGAACAAAUAUUACAAGUUUUCCCAGGCUAAAGCACAAGGUCCUUGUGUGAAACCAAGACGUUAUAUGGAUCCUGGCCAAGGUAAGUUUCUGAAUAACUGUGAUUUAUUGAUAUAUUUCAACUUGCAAGUGGUCAUGGAGAUUCACUAGAGAUUAGCAGUGAUAAAAAAGGAUUUGCAGAUUAUAACAUAACAGGCUGACAACUCUUCAAGGAAAAACUAGAUUACUAAUUUAUAAUAUUGGUAGCCACUACAUAUUUCAAGUUUUCUAUUGAAAAAAAUGGAAAAAUUACACCAUAGUUUUGAUAGAAAGAUUACAGAACAAUGCUGCAUCCAACCUGCUACAUGGACAUAAUAGAGGGAGGGGGGAGUUUUGUAUAAAGACAUUUUGAAAGUCUAAACUAAAGGAAUUUGAAAAAGACCAGCAGUUUCAAGUGUACACAUUACAAUGUUGCACUCUGCUAGGAGGGUAACAAAGUACAGACUGUAAAAUAAUAAUAUAAGAUUGUAUACAUUAUAUAAGAUAUAAUAUAAGAUUGUAAGAUUCAGCUCUCAUUUAUUAUUGAUUCCCAAAAGAAUAUAUCUAUUACCUGAUCACAUUUUUACUGUGAUAUCAGGAUUUUUUUUUCUACCUUCUUGCGAAAGUGGGAUGUCUUAAAGGGUAAAAAUGCAAUAUACCAAUUAGUUUGAGAAUUUUUAUACUCUCAGAAUUGUUUUUUUUAAAUGCAUUAAAUAUGGAUCCACUAACAUAGUAACAAUCACUUUUCACAUCAUGAUUGUGCAUUAUAUGCCCAGGUUUUGUAAAAAAAAUUUUUUGGCAGGUAGCUAAACCUACCAAACCGAUAUUGCACUUUAAUUGGUCUUCCGUAUAAACGAAUCCCAUUCAGCAAAGCUAUGGCAUAAGGCACUGACUCUGUGUGUUUAAAGCAGACAAAUCCAAAAGUCUUGGGUUUUCCAUCUUUGUCCUUGCAUAUGGUCACUUUGGUUACCGGUCCAGCCUGCAAGAAACUUAAGCAUUACUUUCUCAUAAAUCCCAGGAAGGAAAUAGCUGUUUGUUUGCUGAUUCUAAGGCUUACUGGACCAGAAGGGGAAAAAAGGUAUAUAAUAUUGGGUACCAGCUAUUUCAGCAUUGCAACAAACACAUGCCAUUAUGCUGUAAUUUUACUUUAAUAUACAAAGAUUUUCAUGACAUAUUCAAAGUCUGCAUAUCUCACAUUUUAUUCAUACAUUUUAUUCUGUUUAGCUUAUCAAUCCAAUUUACAUGGACUGUGGCAACUAGCAAAGCACUUAAGGAUUUUUUGGGGAUAUAUGUAGGCAGUCCAAAAUAUAAUAAAUUGUUGUUAUUUCUUACCCACCUUUCACCAUAAGGUCUCUGAGCCCUACAGCAAUUUUAAAAUACAGUAUUAACACUGUUGUAAACCUGUUACCACAGAUGCGGGUGGCACUGUGGUCUAAACCACUGAGCCUAGGGUUUGCCGAUUGGAAGGUCAGCGGUUCGAAUCCUCGCAAUGGGGUGAGCUUCCAUUGCUCGGUCCCAGCGCCUGCCAACCUAGCAGUUCGAAAGCACGUCAAAGUGCAAGUAGAAGCGGAUUAGUCAUGCUGGCCACAUGACCCAGAAGCUGUCUGUGGACAAACGCUGGCUCCCUUGGCCAGUAAAGCGAGAUGAGCACCGCAACCCCAGAGUCGUCAGCAAGUGGACUUUUAAUAGUCAGGGGUCCCUUUACCUUUACCUUUAAACCUGUUACAGUCAAGAGAAUAAGGUGGGUCCUCUAUAUAUAAAUCUCAGGUGUCAAAGACCAGGGUCAAGAGGUGUGUCUUCAGCAUAAUUACAUAAUGAAGGUGCCUUUCCUUUGGGGGGGAGGGGGGAUUCCCACAGCAUAGGGACUGCCACAAAGACUGCCCUGUUCAAGGCUGCCAUUCCGUGAACUUCUGAGGCUGGUGAAAAUACCAAGAGGGCUCCCUCUGCUGAUCUUAAUACCCAAGAAGACCUGUAGAGAAAGGAGCAGUCUUUCAAAUAUUUGGGGAUUAAAUCAUUCAGGGAUUUAAACACUAAUGUGAGCACAGUGAACCGGGCCCAGAAAUGAACCUGAAACCAGUACAUGUGGUUUAGAACAGGAGUUACUUGAACUCUACACAUCUGGCUGUUUAUUUUGGAGCAGUUGAAAUUUGAUUGCUGUACAUGAGUUAUACGGUACAAACAACAAGGAAGUGUAAAACUGCAGAAGGAUCUACAAGUAAAUAUAAGAGCUAUCCAAGAAGAGAUUGAACCAAUUGUUGGUUAAUAGACCGUAUCUUGAUCUUCUUUUUCUGUGCUAGAUUAGCAAGGGAAAUAAGAGGAAGAAAUUCUGACACUCUUCAAAUGAGCAGAAGCUCUUGUCAGGCAGAGAUGAGUCUAUAGCCCAAAGAGCAGAAUGAUUAAUCAGGCUUUUUGUGUGUGUGUAAUCCUGUUGGGAUGCGGGUGGCGCUGUGGGUAAAACCUCAGCGCCUAGGGCUUGCCGAUCGCAUGGUUGGCGGUUCGAAUCCCCGCGGCGGGGUGAGCUCCCGUCAUUCGGUCCCAGCUCCUGCCCACCUAGCAGUUCGAAAGCACUCUUAAGUUCAAGUAGAUAAAUAGGUACCGCUUUAUAGCGGGAAGGUAAAUGGCGUUUCCGUGUGCUGCGCUGGUGCUGGCUCGCCAGAGCAGCUUCGUCACGCUGGCCACGUGACCCAGAAGUGUCUCCGGACAGCGCUGGCCCCCGGCCUCUUAAAUGAGAUGGGCGCACAACCCUAGAGUCGGACACGACUGGCCCGUACGGGCAGGGGUACCUUUACCUUUACCUUUAAUCCUGUUCACAUUUACUCCUCAGGCUUUAUAUGAAAUCCAGCAGAAUGCCCAUGUGAAAACAGGUUUCCCACAAGCAUCUGGUUGGUCACUGUGAGAACAGGAUGUUUGACUCCAUUGGCCGUUGGUGUGAUACAGCUGACUGUUCUUAUGUUCUUACUAUAAACAUACAGUGUUCCUUCUUUUAACUGCUGUGUAUACUGGUGAAAUAUGAUUGAGGGAUCGGUAUAUAUUAAAAACUAGUAAAAAUGAAAUUAUAUGGAUCUUCAGCAUCUCUUCAUUAUAACAGAUUCAGGGAGUAACUUGUGAAAACAGAGAUUUGCUGAAUUAAUCAAUAAAACCCACUUCUGUCUUGAUGAAGAAACUGAAAGGGGACAUGUGAUAAGAAUGUGUGACAACUCACAGAAAACAAGCUAGAUGUCUUUGUAUUUUGCCAGUAUUCAAUAGUGUCAAAUAUCAGUUGCUGCUCAACAUAAUGGCUCUAUACAUUUUCCAAUGUUUUAAAAGUAAACAUCACAUCUGACAGAGUCAUAACUUCAGCUUUUCCAAGGAGAAUCAAUGUUUGUUUUAUCCCACUGCCCCACCCCAGAAAAGACAAGUUUCCCUGAAGCAACAUUUUUCCAGUCUGGUGUUCAAGGUUGCCUACUGCAGAUGAUGGAGUUCUUCAAGGAGUGGAAGUAGCAAAUCAAGUAUUCUGGUGCUUGUUCUUUUUAACAUGUAGAUCUCCCUGUUCAUAAAUAAAUAAAAAUACCUGCUCAAGCAAGCUACAGGCACAGCUAGAUUUUUAAAGCUUUAAAACAUCUAAUUUACCAUUAUUUUUGUUUUACCAGCUCUAUGGUACAAAGAAUGGGUGAAUCAUAUGCAUGUAACAAAGUUAUCAGAAAGCUAUUAGGUGCCAAUUUAGUGAAGGUGGGAACAAGCAGAACUUUCCCGUCAUUGAUUAUUUGUGCUGUGCUACUGGAGAUGAAAGCAUUUCUGCUUUAUAAAAUAUACCGUAUUUUUUGCUCUAUAAGACGCACCAGACCACAAGACGCGCCUAGUUUUUGGAGGAGGAAAACAAGAAAAAAAUAUUCUGAAUCUCAGAAGCCAGAACAGCAAGAGGAAUCGCUGCACAGUGAAAGCAGCAAUCCCUCUUGCUGUUCUGGCUUCUGGGAUAGCUGUGCAGCCUGCAUUCGCUCCAUAAGACGCACACACAUUUCCCCUUACUUUUUAGGAGGGAAAAAGUGAGUCUUAUAGAGCAAAAAAUACGGUAAGUAUCCAUGUAGAAGCAAGAAAACCAAAAUGGGAAGGAUAUGAAGCACACAGAACGAAGGAAAAGUCUUCCAGCAAUAUCACUGUAGAAAGAGGGAUAAGUCCAAACAAGAUGCUAGCAGCCUGACGAAGAAACAUAAGGAAACCAUGAACCUUCCCCCAUUUAUUUUGUGUUUAUUGUUAAGGGUGUGGUAAGCUAUUAUCAGUUGCUUGGCAUGCCAAAACACAAGAACCAUGAUUAAAUUGUGAUUAAAACUGGAAAGCAAUGAUUGAUAGCAAGUAUGUAUGAAUUAUCUGACACCUGGGAAACAAAGAAAGAGGCCCUUUCCACCUAAGAUUGCAACCAUUCUCUGGGAAGUUCCCAACAUUUAAUAUGUUUAUCAAUCACAUUUCCUUCCUUUACUUCCACUCCCAUUGCUUUCAGUGGUUGUCUGAGAAUUUUUGAGAAGAUGGGGAGAACAUAGAAUAAUAGAAUCUUAGAGUUGGAAGGGAUCCCAAGGGUCAUCUAGUCCAACCCCCACAGGGCUUGCAGGCCACAUGAAAAUAAAUGUAGCAUUUCACCUAAUUUUACGUCUGUGCUUCAAAAAGCUUCACUUUUUAAAUUUUUGCCUGGUGUACCAAAAGCACCACAGUCCUAACAUGGAGAAAAAGGUGACAACCCUUUUGGGUUUUAAGAACAUGGUCAUAGUUUUCAUUUUGUAUUGCCUUUAUUUUCAAUCACCUUGAGAACUGACCAGCCACCCUGAAUAUCAAGCUUCCUGAAUAUUUACAAGAAAAAAAACAUAAAUAAAUAAAGCCCUAUUUCAGGCAAACCUAGCUUCUGAUGACUAUUUUAUCUUUCCAUUUUAUUUUGUUUAAGGCACCUCUUGGUACAUUUCACACAUCCUCGAUGGAAUGGAAAAGGACUGAAGCCUUGCUUCAUACUGCGAAUUUAAAACUCCUGACAAAAAUCUUCCACCUGCUGCUCCUUGUAAGCAUUCCUCUUCCCUGCAGCCGACGGCUCGCCAGCCCCGCCCACUUCCAGAUCGCCCUGCCCACCUGCCAAGGUGGCCCCGCCCCGCCGUCCCUUGCACCUGCAGGAAAAGCUCGUAGAGAAUCUCCUCUUGCACGCGGCUCUCCAAGUUCCCCACGAAAAGCGUCCGGUCCGGCUCGUCUGCCUUCCCUGGGCUUGUCAUGACAGCGACCAGCAGCCCAGCUGUGCGCGAGAGACGCAGGGAAGAGCCAGUCAAGGCGGCAGCUCCAUCUGCGCGCUGGGAUAGCAGAUGGAAAGUGGGUGGGGCAGGUGCGGGAGAAGGGGCGGGGCUGCCGCGGAGCCGAAGCUAAGCGAGGGAGGCCGUAAAGCAGCGGACGCGCGCGACAGGCAAAAGAGGGGCCGAGGGUGAGCGCGCUUUACGGCACACCGAACGCUUGUUAAGCAGACGGGGUUAAGAAGCCGCCACCCUGCUGGGUAUCCUAGCAACUGACUGACGGGGCUGUGGAGAGGGGCGGGGUUUCCCUAGCUGCAAGGAGACCGCCCCGCCCUCUCCGCCGUCGGAAUUGGCAAAGUCACCCCUGCGCUCUUUUCCUCCUGCGGCGAUUGCGUGGUCGAGAGUAGUGCAGUCUCUCUCUCUCUCUCUCUCUCUCUCUCUCACACACACACACACACACACACACACACAGUGAUUCACAACACCUUUCCUUGGUAUUUCUGUAGGAAAAGCGUGUCUUAUGUGCAUUAACGUUGUGGCACUACAGACUGGCACUACACAACUCGAAGUAAUCCCGAGGGUUAUUUUUAACUCGGUGCUUUUAUUUUAUUUUUGCAAACACAUUCUCAACUUUUUACGGUUUUGUUUCAGCGCCCCGAGCUGCCCCUCCCUCCGACGUUGUGAACUGCAACUCCCAUCCUCCUUGACGAUUGGCCAUGCUCGCUCGGAAUGAUGGGAGUUGUAGUCCAAAACAUCUGGAGGGCGUCAUAGUACUGCCCAGGAUGCUUUCUCGUCACCAUGCUUGGUUUCUCUAAACGCCUCGUUCUUCUUUUCCCCGCCCUCCUAACUUGUCACCGAUCUGCAGUCUAAUUUCUCUUUCCUUCUGUUACCCUUCCUUAUGGGGAAAAAAAUCCCGAGAAAGUGAGGGAGGCUGCUGAACAAGCCUGCUCCUCUUACAGCUGGGCUGUCCCUCCCACCAGCUGUCCUGCGGUCACAAUCCUUAUGAUCCGCUAUAUGUUAGUGCUUGGUGUAUAAUGUGUUGGUGCGUGCGUUUAAUGUUCAUUAUUUUUUUCUGGGCAUGCAACUAUUAUUAAACAUAUUUCAGUAAUAGAGACGCGGGUGGUGGGUUUGAAAUAACUGGAGGCUUCCUAAACUUUGUCUGCCAUCUUGUGGCACAUCUUGAUAUUGCACUAGCCUUUCAGUGAGAUGGAGUUCUGGGAAUAAAUGAGUACAGUAUCAGCAAAGCUGUUUUUAGCUGCGUGUAUAUAAUUUAAGAUAAAUUAUAUUCGCAUUUAAAUCGGUUUAGCACAAAUUGCUUUUAGAAAAUUAACUGAUUUUUUCAGAAGAAAUAAAACGCAUCGUCACAAUGACUUUCAGCUAAAAAUGACCUCUUUGUCAUCUUUUUAAUUUUGAUCUUUAUAAAGUUCUAGAUGACCCCCCCCCAGCCAUCCCAGGAACUGCAGUUUGUUAAGGGUUCUGAAAGCUAUUAGGAGACCACUAUUCCCCCCACAGAGCUACAAUUCUCAUAGUGCUUUAACAAUCCCAGGGAACUGUAGGAAUUUUAGCUGGGGUGUGUGUGUGUCCUCCUAACAACUCUCAACAUCCUUAACAAACUAUAGUUCCCAGGGAUCUUAAGUGGAAGCCAUGGCUGUUUAAAGUGGCAUGAUGAUGCUUUCAAUGUAUGGCACAGCGAGGACUUGGUCACAAAUUUGGCAAAUAUAUGAUGUGCAAACUGAUUUGAACCUCUUGGACAGGAAACCUGCAUCCUCAAAAGACUGGACUUCUUCCAGUGAGGAAGAUGGUGGGAAAAUGUACUGGAAAGCAUGGGAGAACUGUUGCUUAACACAGACCGCCGAGACCACAUAACACCCGAGCACAAUUCAAAGUGUUGGUGCUGACCUUUAAAGCCCUAAACAGCCUCGGUCCAGUAUACCUGAAGGAGUAUUUCCAUCCCCAUCGUUCUACCUGGACACUGAGGUUCAGUGCCGAGGGCCUUCUGGCGGUUCCCUCACUGCGAAGCUGAGUUACAGGGAACCAGGCAGAGGGCCUUCUCGGUAGUGGCGCCCGCCCUGUGGAACGCCCUCCCACCAGAUGUCAAAGAGAAAAAUAACUACCAGACUUUUAGAAGAAAUCUGAAGGCAGCCCUGCUUAGGGAAGCUUUUAAUGUUUGAUGCAUUACGGUAUUUUAAUAUUUUGUUGAAAGCUGCCCAGAGUGGCUUGGGAAGCCCAGCCAGAUGGGCGGGGUAUAAAUACAUUAUUAUUAUUAUUAUUAUUAUUAUUAUUAGUCUAAUCUCCCCACAAACAAAUCAGGGUAAAUACACAUUAAAUCGCCAGUGUUGUCUAACCUUUCUGCAAACAGGUUAGGCUGAACACUCUUUAAGCAAGUAACCUGGAAGUAAUCCCUUCCACAUCCCACCAAACCUGCAAUGUUGCCUCUUGCAUUCUGCAUCAAGUAUCUGCUAUCAAGAUACAGAGUCCUGUAAAACAAGGUUCCAAGAAGUCCAAGAGAGUUUAAAAGAAACAGAAACUGCCUACAUAAAUUAGUUGGAAAGGAGGAGUCACCAGAUUGCAAAAGCAUAAAGGCUGGGUUUCACUCUGCCAGGUACUUCCUUCUACACACCACACCCAUUUUAUCAGUGACUCUUAAUUGAAUACUGAAGCAAACGGCAGCAUGUUAAAAGGAGAAAGCAACACCAUCCUGAAAUGUGGUUACACGCUGCUUUUCAAAGAUCACCAGUGUUGGGAUUAUGUGUCUUCACCUGUUUUGUGGCUUGGUGUGUGAGAGCAGGUAAGAUAACCAAUUACAAGUUCCUCAUGUAUUUUUGCUAUAAGGAAACGAAGCAUACAUUUCAGACUUUCAGACGGUAUUGUGUGAGUCAUGAUUCUCAGUGCCUGUCAGAUUAACUUGACUCCUUCUCAAACAGUACAAAGGUUAUUCCUUCGUUGUAAAACAAAUAAAGGUGCCUUUGACCUCUGGACAAAAAAAUGCAGCUAGAUUGACCUUGUGUGGCGAAAGAGAGCAGGAAAAAAUAAUAAUCCCUUGCUGCUGAGAUGUAAUAGUGUAGCUCUACCGCUGAAUAUAGUGUAUAGUAUAGAGGACUGGCUCAGUGAUAGAGUAUGUGUGUUGUAUGCAAAUGUUUCCAGAAUCAAUCCCUGGCACCUACAGUUAAAAGGCUAGAAAGCUGCGGUCAGAAAAGACACCACUGGUUGGAUGGACCAGUGGUCUGACUCAGUAUAAAGCAGAUUCAUACAAUAUAAACAUCUCAGACCUUGAUUCUUCAGAGAAUGCUUAUUCAAAAAUAAGUUCCAUGGGACUUACUCUCAACAAACUAUUCUCUCAUAUGAACCUGCCCAGGCCCUGAGAUCUUCAGGGGAAGCCCUUCUCUCGGUCCUGCCACUCUCACAGGCAUGCUUGAUGGGGACUGGAGAGGGCCUUCUCAGUGGUUGCUCCCUGAUUUGGAACUCCCUUUCCAGAGAAGUUAGACUGGCUGCCUCCUUGUUGUCCUUCCACUGGCAGGUGAAGACCUUUUUAUUCAAACAGGCCCUUAGGAACUGACUGUUUUGAAGGAAAGAAUUAGUGCUGUGAUGUUUUUAUCAUUGUUGCUUUUGAAUUUUUAAUACAUUUUAAAAUAUUGUUUUAUUUUGAUUAGCAUUUAAUUGCUUUUUAAUGAUUAUCUUAAUAUAUUUUUAGCUUUUUCUAACUGUGUUUUUUAUCUGCCUUGAGUCUGGGAAGAAGGCUGGAAACAAACAAACCUAGAACAGGAGCCUAAGCAUGUCAUUUAAAAAAAGUUAUUUACUUCUCACAUUCAGACAGAUCAUAAAUUAUAUCUGUACAAAGAUAUGGGUGUCUCAGACACACAAAAUGACAGAAUAUCAAUGUGAGGUUUUGCACUGAUGUUGACUGACACUGUGGAACAGUUUAUGUUUGCUGUGUUACAUUUAACAUAUUCAAGUUGUAUGUGUCCAAUGCAUUUCUGUAUUGUAGUGGUUACAUUGUAGGUAUUUUCAGCCUGCAGGCAUUAUCUUUGACACAACAGGAACAUUUUAUGACAGAAAGGUAUUAAAAGCAACCAUUCUAACCGUAAAAAUGCACACAUUAUAUUAAAAGGACUAACACAGGUUAGGGACGGUGGAACUUUCAUUUUUUGUGAUAGAGCUUGUUUGAAUGACAGUAAUUUGAAUGCAUUUUUAGGUACAAAAGAUGAAGAAGAUGUAAGCUUGUCAUAAUGGUAAAACUCAUUGAAACAUUUGCAAAAUAUGGCCUGUUUAAUCAGAUGCUGUGUUGUAUUAAACAGAGCAGACUUGGACCAGCCAGCCCAGGUUCAAAUCCUUUCUCAUGUGAGCUAUGAUGUUUGCUGGGUGACCUGGGGUAAAUUCCAGAUUCUGAUGCAGCAAUAAACCACUAGCACAUUUGCAAAGCUAAGCAGGGUCCAGUAUGGUUUCAAAUUGGAUGGGAGACCACGUGCUGAGAUGCCUGUAUUGCAGGGGGGUUGGACUAAAUGACCCUCAAGGCCUCUUCCAAUUCUACAAUUUUAUGAGGCCAAGCUCCUUUACAGGUUUGUUGGGAAGCUAAAACAGGAGAGUAAUGAAGUAAACUUCCUUGUAGACUUUGUAGGUCACUGAGGUAAAUUGUGUUUUUAAAAAGAAUUGUGUUAACUGAUCAAGUGUUUUAUUUCUCACUUAUUUUAUCUUUCAGAUACAGAACAAGAAUGCCCUAAAUUUACUGAUCUUAACAUAGGCAAUGCCGUGAUUGGUACAGAUGUAAAAGUGCAACUGCUUUUGCACACAAGGAGAAACCAAAACUGUGCAGAGAUUCUCAGUGAAAACAAUCUAACGGCUUCUACACAUCUAAAUCUGACCAAGCAAACUAUUAUUAUUAUUCAUGGUUACAGACUUACAGGUUCCCCACCAGUAUGGAUUGAUGAAAUUAAAGAGCUUCUGCUUAAAAAGGAAGACAGCAAUGUCAUAACGGUAGAUUGGAAUCGGGGUGCCACGACUGUGUAUUAUCCUAGUGCUGUUAAAAAUGCCAAGACAGUAGUAGGAAUUUUGAACAAUCUUAUUGACCAAAUGCUGGUAAGGAAGCCAGGGCACAGCAGCCUUCUUACCCCUAUCUAAUCCAGUGUACUGUCUUAUAAGGGUGACAGGACCUUGGUUAGUUCUUGGUAAAUGUAUCUAGUAUAAGGGUGUAAUGAGAUGUAUGAACUUUCACUGUUUGCUUUGCCGUUCACAUUAUGCUUUUGUGUAUAUGGAAAAUAUUUUUGUGCAGAAAAAUGUGUGAACUCACAUGCAGACUAACACUGCAAUAAUUGCACGGUUGUAAAUGUGCCACAGACCCAUGGCCAAUCAUACUUGCCCAGGAUUUGUAAACAGAUAUAAAAAAAAAUGUCUGUGCAUGAUCUGCAUAGCUCUCACACUUUUUUAUAACAUGAAAUUUCUUGCCCUCUAGGAAAAAUGAAAAUGUGUGAAGUAGCCCUUAGAGCUGAGGCACAUCAGCCACAGCAAACUAGCAGCGGCUGCUUUCAUGUUUGACGAUGCAGUGGCUCCAAACUCCUCCAGAAGCAUGCUGCUGAACUUGCUGCCAUGUGCAAUACUGAACUGUCUUGUACUCUCCCACAUUUUGAUGGGUCUACAAUGGCAAAAAGUAAUCAAACCUGGACAGGCUGUAGCUCAUUGGAGGAGCUUGACAUGCAAAGGGCCUCAGGUUCAAUCUUCAGCAUGUCCAGCUAGGGCAAGGAAAGACUUCUGCCCCAAAUCCCAGAAAUCCACUGCUUGUUAAGGGAAAUUGUAAACAGUACAGAGCUAGUUCCCCAGGAAAAGGGAUUGAUUGUUAAAUCACUCUGAAAAUUGUAUCUCUGUUUCCUAACAACUCUCAGCCUCCUUAACAAGCUACAGUUCCCAUAAUGAAUUGGUGGAAGCCAUGGCUGUUUAAAGUGGUAUCAAAGUGCUUUAAAUAUAUGGUGUGAAUGUGGUCAUAGUCUCCUUGUUUCCCUUGCUUUACUGCACUGAAGAAAAUGGUUGCUCAUGCUACGUAGAAAUAACCAGAAAUAUAGUCAAUGUGGAUAUAUAUUGCCUAGUAAUAAAUAUAUGGCAUUUUUUGUAUUGUUAAAGAGGCAACAAAGGCAUUAAUUUUUUGCUACAAAGAACUUCCUUUUGAAGUUGCUAAAGAAAUUGUUUCAUGUCUCAUCUUCUCUUGAAAAGCCUUUGGACUUCCAAAGCUGGAACAUGGCUAUUUAAGAAGGAAGAAUAAAAGCUGCUUUGCCCUCUGUGGUUCACAUUCCUAUAACCUUCUAUCCAUACAUAUUUACUGACAGGCAAAUGGAGCAUCUCUUGACUCUGUUUAUAUGAUUGGAGUAAGCCUUGGGGCUCAUAUAGCUGGAUUUGUUGGGAAGGCAUACAAUGGCAAAAUUCGCAGAAUUACAGGUAAGUGUUAAAAACUGGACAUUCUGGUGUUUUAUUCUCUAUUCUCAUUCUUGUUUCCCUAUGCUGAAUGAUUCAAUUUGUCAUAGAAAGCAAACAAAGUCAAGCUGGCUUAGUCACCCAACAUAAGGUACAAUGCCUGAGGUGGGUUUAAGUGAGUUGGCCAUAGUCACGCACAUAGUUGAAAUUUGACCACCUUCUAAAAGAUACAGUUUAAACCAGGGGCAGCCAACAUGGUGCCCUUCAUAUGUUUUGCAGUGCAAUUCCCACCAGGUCCAGCCAGCAUGACCAAUGGUCAGGGAUGUUGUGGACAUGUAAUCUACAACAUCUGGCUCUUGUGGUGUUCUGCAUUAUUUUAUAAAAGUAUAAUGUAUGUUUGUGUUUAUAAAUGUUUUGUGAAAGCUGCUUGGAGAUCUUUGGCUAACAAGCAACUAAACAGUCAGAUUAUUAUUAUUAUUAUUAAUGUACCAAGUUGGCAACUUCUGACUUAAACAAUGAAAAGGCAGCUUCUGGUGACGCCCUUCCUCAGUUUUUAAAGUAGAACCAGUGGAGGUCAGCUGUUGUUUAAAGAAAUCUCAGUCAACACUGACCUUCAGCAAACACAUCAUGAAUGCAAAGAUGUUCAGGGAUAUGAAACAAGAGUUUACCACUUUAAUCCCAAAUACUUGGGUCAGAAUUUACAAAGCGUUAAGUAUUUUUUAGUUACCUUGAAUUCAACUGUUAUGACUCUUCAGUGAAAGUGAUUGCUGCAAUCAGUGGAUUUACAUUCUCUGAUAAUCCUGACCUGCAUCCUUCUUUCCUUUGGGAGGAGAACGGGCAAAUUGGAGAGAAAGCUCAUUUGUUUAAAUAGUGGGUGUGUUUUAUAUUACUUUUGUGCUGAUGAAGCUUAACAGUUGGGAGGAAGCUUGUUGACUAUAUACUUGUGUGUUUUAUCCUCCUGUGGUCUGCUUCCACUCAAAUACUAUUUACAGAUUCGUAUGUACGUACAUGUGUGUGUGUACAAUUCCUAUUAUAAUAAGCUAAUUUUUUCAUUUUUCAUACCAGGUCUUGACCCAGCAGGGCCAUCAUUUACAGGAAAGCUGCCCAGUGAAAGAUUGGAUCACACUGAUGCUCAAUUUGUUGAUGUUAUUCAUACUGAUAUUGAUGGUAAUUAUACCAUUUUGGAUUUCCAUUAUCCUAAUGGAGAAUGAUUCCCUGCACCCCUAAUCUGGUUUGCUGGAAAAAAAUAACUAUUUCAAGUGUUCUGAAAGGCUUAUACAUAACCAAAAAACAAAAGCAGUUUUUUAUUCUUUUGAAGCAAUACUACUGGCUGGUCUUGAAUACAUACUAGUUCAAACUCAAUUCAUUCAGGCAGAAUUACUUGCACUGUUCAUUUGUUCCUGGCCAGUGCAAUUAACCAAUCUCUGUAAGUAUCCCCAGUGGGUUUUGGUGAAAAAAACCAACUGCUUUGAACUCACAGGAAGUCGCGCCUCUUCUUAAAUAAAGGGAAAAAAUGUAAUGUUUAUCUUACUAGAUUGUUCAGAUAAAAACUCUCAAGAAUGGCUGAUAAUUCCAAGCGUGUCUCUGCACAGCAUUACAGUCUAAAAAAUUGUAUGAAACACAGCAUUUUAAAAGCCUGGGAAAUAAAAAGGGCUUCACCUGGUGCUGAAAAGGAAUCAGACUCACUGCCAAGUUUGGCUCCAUGAGGAGAGCCUUCCGUGCUUUAUGUUUGGUUCCCUGAACAAUCUUAGAAUUUAUCAGGGCUGGCCCAAUAAUGGCAUCUGGCAGGUCAUUAUGUUUGCCUGAGGAAAGGGCCAUCUGCUAUUCCAGGGAAAACAUGACCAGCCUUGGCCAAUUUAUAACCCACCUACUCACCCCAUGCAAGAUACCUGUAGGAUGUUCUAGUCAAAGCAUUGAUCACAUAGUUGUCACACACUUGUCACUUAGUUAUGUAUCACUGGAGCCUGGGGAGUGUCUUGGUUCCAGUUUUUCUGAGCCUGCAGGAACAUCCCUCCUCACCAUCAACUUCUGUGCAUCCAUUUGUUACAUUUCCAUGAUAUAAUCUCAUUGGUUGUUAUCUUUGUAAAUAUGAAUAAUAGUUUUUAUUUGUCGUUUUGAACAUUCUGACAAAUGCAUGAGAAAAGUGUUAUCAUUUAUUGUGAAAUGACAUCUGUAUUUUUCCUCACUAUGUGUUUUAUUUUUCUUAGCUUUGGGCUACAGGGAGCCUUUGGGAAACAUCGAUUUCUACCCAAAUGGAGGAACAGAUCAACCUGGAUGCCCAAAAACAAUAUUCAGUGGUAAAUACAGAUAAAUUAAGUCUAAUAGAUAAAAACAUCAGGAAGGGUUAUGCUCUGGAGUCAACUGGGUUUUCACAAACCAACUGGCAAAUAUAUUAGCAUCAUUAAAUAAAAUAAUAUUUAUUUAAAUAAAUAUUUCCUGGCAGGAUGUUGGAAUGGUCCUCCUGACUGAUAUUCUUUACAUCCACCCUUUAUGGUGUCAUUCUCUUUUUUGAAGCGAAAAGACUGCACCAAUUUUAAUAUAUAGGUUUCACCUUGAGGUGGGACUGCUGCUUCUAAUUAAGGUUUUCUCCUAUGGUUGGAAAAGAAACUUUACAGUCUUUUCUAUGCAUUGUACUUUAAUUAUGUACUCUGCAAUACUAGAAAAUGGAAUUGGUUGGGUUUUGAAGCUGAGUUACAGUGUGUGAUUUCUGUGGUGCAAUGGGCCAAUGUGUCUGACUGUUAACCAGAAAGUUGGUGGUUUGAGCCCACCCAGGGAUGGCUGUGGUCACAUAUUCUCAGUGGUGGUUAUCCCUAUGGAUCAGAAUAUAGACUAGGGGUGAGACUUGCUAUAUAAAACACAGAGCUUCUUUUGAGUUGGCUAUUGUGUCCCAUGAUGGGAAUCUGUGCAAGAACUGAUUGUAGGAAAACAUAAAAUGAUGCAAAAGUCAGAUUUGUCACUUUAAAACAUAAUACUGUUUAGUACACGUGCCACCGCUAUUUCACAAGCAGCCUUUUUUUUUUGUAAGAUUCACAUUAAUUUGGCAAGCUUUUAUAUAUGCUUAGAUGACAACCUAGUCUUACACUGAUAAUCAGUGCUUCCCCCCCCCCCAACAAAAUGUUUAGGGGUACUCUCAUUUUGACUCAAGAAAAUCACCAUUUUAUACUUCAAAUCGGGAAAAAUAAAUACAGUAAAUGGACAAAAGUACAAAGAUUCACAAAAUGUUUAGGGGUAUGCGUACCCCUGUGUCCCCCCAGAAAAAAAAUCAUGGCUGAUAAUCUGUAAAAGGAAAAUAUUGAUUGGACUUAAAAUGUUGUUGCUUAAUAAUAUUAGUAUUGCUUUUAUAAAACUAACAUUGUAUUGCUUCAUUGUUUCUUUUGUAACACUUUCUCUACUUUAAGGCACUCAGUAUUUAAAAUGUGAUCAUCAGAGAUCUGUUUUCUUGUACAUGGCAUCCUUGAAACAGAAUUGUAAUGUAACUGGAUACCCUUGUGACUCGUACGUAAAUUAUAAGAAUGGAAAAUGUGUGCACUGUGAAGCUUUUCAGCCACUCCCAUGUCCAGUUUUGGGUAAGAGCUAUUAAUUAUCCUGCAAGUGGAAACAGCACGCUAUGGAUAAUUUCCUGGUUGUGCAAUAAUGAAGAUACUAGCUGUGCACAGAUAAUUAAACAUUAGCUUAAUAGACCAGUUAUAUGCAUGUAUUUCAUACACUUGCACAGCACCCCUUUACUUCUGCUCCGCUUCUGGUGCAAACCAAGAAAUCAAACCAGGAAGUAACUGUACUUCCUGUUACACAUGAACCAGGAAUUACUGUUGAUGUCUUCCAAAUAGGUUCUAAGUUACCUUCUGAAUCUGACUUGUUUUGGGGAUCUUCUUGUCCUUAUGGUUUGCACAAGACAAAAGAAAAGCAGUUAAGCCAACUAAUCCAACUGAACUGAGGGCAAUUGUGGCUACUCUCUGAGUACUCUUCUUCACCACACCAUCGUCUGCAUGGGGCCACAAGCUUAGUAAAUCAGUAAAGCAAGAUGACUAAUAGUGAAAUAAGACAGAAAGGAAUGCACAUAUAUAUUAUAUUAUAGCUGGAGUGACAAAGGAGCCAAAGUGUAAUCCAUUUUCCUGUGCAUAAACUCACUGACUGUAAUAGAACUCAGCGUGCAUUACUUGAGUCUAAGUUCUUAUGAGCUGAUGUUAGUUUUGAUUUCCCAGAACGUUAUAUAACAAAAACCAAUCUUCAUGAUUUUUAUCUUUCCUUUGUUUGUUAAUUUUCUGCUGAACACAUUCCAAUUUAAAUUUCAGGUUAUUAUGCUGAUAAGUGGAAGGACCGUUUAAUUGAAAAGAACCCUCCUGUGACAAGAGCUUACUUUGAUACUUCAGACAAAGACCCAUUCUGCAGUAAGUGAUUAACCAUUCUCUGUACCCUUUCUCCAGUUUUCAUUAUCUAAUAACAUUAUGAACAAACCGCUUUUUGCUGUACAGAUAGCAUGGCACACUCUUGAUGAAACUUCGUUCUCUGUUGCUGUAUUGUUUAUGCUCAGAAGAUCUAUGUGUAGGAAGGGGAAAACGCUGAAAACAGGAAAUUAUCUGGGCACCUGGUAAAAGAUGACAAAUGAGCUGGAAAUGAGAUUCAGCUGGAUUUGCAUUGGAUAAUCAGAAAAAAAUAUUAAUUUAAGAAUUACAAAGAAAGAGAAGCAAGUUAGCUAGGUGCUUGCUCCAAUGCAUUGCAUCAUGAUUUGUUAUGUCAAUGUGAUUUUCAGAUGCUCACAUUUCUGUGGGUUUGAAAAUUUGAGAAUUUGAUGUGUGUCAGCCAAUCCUUGCAUGCUACAUGGAGUCUGAAACAGGGAUUUGGGGGAUUACAGUAUCAUCGCCACAGUAUUUCUUGUACAUAUAACCAGUGCUAUUUUUCUAGAAAAAGAGGUGCCAAAGCUCACCACGAACUUCUCCCUUGUUCUCUUAGAAUGGCAAUGGCACCCGUUUACAAUAUGCAUAGUAAGCAUAAAACACCACCACAUCAUGAGCUGAAUACUAGCAUUUUAAAACCAUCUAACUUAAUAUUAAGUGCCUUUGAUAGUAUUAAAAUCACAGAUAUUAGACCUACAUUCUGUAAUACAAUAUUACAACAAUACAAUGCUUCAAACAUUUAGUUUUGCUUUCUCAGUUAGCAUGGACCUAUUGUUAUCUUUUCUCUCUCUUGGCAAUCUUGAUUGGUGUUUACACAACAAAGGGAUUUUAAUGGCACUUAAUAGUCUGAUUUUUUUUUCACCCAUCAAAAUCUGAGGGAGGGACAGUUUGGAGAUGGGGAGCUAGGUACAGAACAGAUGGUUUUGAACUCUGGCUGAACCGGAUGCAGCUUGGGGGUUGAAGAAGUUCAUGUUGCUCUCUGGGAAUUGAAGGCAAGAUCAGUGGUUUGGAUGCCUGCCACCGGACACUAUUUGCUUCUACUAUGCUAUGUUUGCAGUGUAUGUUUCCUUUACAAAUACAGUGGUACCUCGGGUUACAUAUGCUUCAGGUUACAGACUCCGCCAACCCAGAAAUAGUACCUCAGGUUAAGAACUUUGCUUCAGGAUGAGAACAGAAAUUGUGCUCUGGCUGCGCAGCAGCAGCGGGAGGCCCCAUUAGCUAAAGUGGUGCUUCAGGUUAAGAACAGUUUCAGGUUAAGAACGGACCUCUGGAACGAAUUAAGUACUUAACCCGAGUUACCACUGUAUGCAAAGAGAUCACAAGUCUCAAGAGUGCUCUCAAACUGAAAUCCCUGGCCAUAGCACCACUUGGGGAAGGGUAGCUGAGGUUAUUUUUUGCUGAGCACAAUAUUUUAUUGCAUUAAGUUACCUUUCUUUCCUCCUCUCCCUUCAGUGUAUCAUUACUCUGUGGAUAUUAUUACCUGGAACAGAAAUAGUAGGAGAGGUUUCAUAAACAUCAAAGUAACAGAUGAUGCUGGAAAUACAACAGAAUCCAAAAUUAAUAGGUGGGUCUUAUUUUAGUCAAUCUUUUCUUUAUAGAAGUCACUUCAGCCAUAAGUAUACCUAAGUCCCAUUGAGAUAAGUGAUACUUAUUUCCCAGUAAAUUGCAUUUGGAAUGAAGUGCCAGUUUGAAGAUAAAUAUAUAGAAACACUGCAAAAUACAAAUAGUUGUGUCUGUUUUGUCUUUUAAUCAGUGUGAUGCAAUGGCAAAGGUGCUGGCCUAAAGAAAAAUAAGCAUGUCUUAUUAGUGUUGAUGAGUUUGCAACCUGGCUUUGUUCCAAUAAAUAUGGCAGGUUCAAAGCUAGGAAAUAAUACCAGGCAUAUAAGGAACGCCAAGAACAUAACUGGUGUUUUUCUCUUAUUGAUUACGUGUGUAUGAGAAAGCAUGCCUAGUUGAGAAUGAAUAUACAGGAUGCUUGACAUUUCCCCCAUCUGCUGGUGCCCCUCUAUUUUAAAUGUCUUUCUUCACCACCACUCAGGCCAGGCUCAGAAGACUGGCUAUUUUUGCUGCCUGCCUGGGAUUGCAAUCCUUGCAACAAGCAAGGAUUAUCAGCUGGCAGACAUGGGUGGGAGGCUGUGUUUGGUUUGCAGAGCCACAAGUUGUAAAGACGCAGAAUAGGUGUUGAACUAAUAAUGUGUCCUGAUAUCUCCUUAGCGGAGCAGCUGCAUUUCACCAAUAUAGACAAGCCCAUUUGCUUGCUGGAUUUGACGUGGAUUUCGACAAUGUAUCCAAAAUAGCCAUGACAUUUUCUACAAGGAAUGCAAUAGGCCCCAAGUACAAGCUUAGGGUCCUCCAAAUGAGAUUAAAAUCUCUUUCAGAUCCCCAAAGGUAAGUAUAUAGUUUUUCUUGCAACCUAACAAAACCUGUAUUGAUUGCCUUAUUUGGAAGCCUCUGUGUGAACACCUUUUUAUGUAUAGGCCUUAACAUGACUAUUAAUAAUGCCAACCUUAUAAGCAGAGGACCGUAGCAGUUUGUAUGAGAUCUAACUUUGAUUUCAGCUGCAGAAUUCUUCCUUUUAUAAUGCUCUUUAGCACAUAGUUCUUACGAGGAUCAGGAGAUGACUGAAAGGUGGAGAAAUUUUAUACAAAUGGGCCAGGGAACAAGUUAUUGGGAGCAUGUUGCACAAUGGCAAUAGGACAACAUGACUAUAACCUGAUUGGACCUGGAGCAGAAAUUUCAAAAAAGAUAGCUGAGCAGUCCAUCAAGGUCUUCUGCUCAAUAACAGCAUGGACCAUGGGGUGCUGUAGAACAAUGGCAGGGAACCUGCAGUCAUCCAGAUGCUAUUGGACUCCAAAUCCCAUGAGCCCCAGCUAGGAUGGCCUAUGGUCAGGGAUGAUGGGAGUUGUAGUCCAGCAGCACCCUGAGAGCCACAGUUUCUUACGCCCUGCAGUAGAGGGUGGUUAGGUAGUACGAGAAUAGUAUUGAAAUGAAUAGCCCCCAUGCCACCAGAGUAGUAUGUGCACAUGCAUGCAUAACAGGCAGCUGAGCUGCAACACCAAGCUAAAGACUGUGCAAGUGGUCAGUGAGAGUAUUGCUGCAUGCACCCCCAUCUCUGAGUAGUGAGGGACUCUAGAGGUUCCAACACUCACCUGGGGUUCCGCUUCCUUGGAAUGAAGGUUAGUGGAUAUCUGGUUUUAUUUGAACAUAUAUUUGAGUGGAGCACAGGAUUGAAGGGCUCAUUCAGCACAGCAAGGAAGUCAAGUCCUUCUCUCCAGUUUCCAGCCAAACUUGCACUAACUCUGCUAUAGUUCUCCUACUUACAAUAUGAUGUUGCUGGAACUAAGUGGGGGGCUGGGGAAAGAUGCCUACUCCCUCCUGAAGAACACCACCUCUCAGUUGUCUUCAUAGCAACAUGGCCUGCUCUUUUAGAUUCUAAUCAGGUUGCUUAGCUGGCCCUAGCUGGGGUCAUUAGCUUACAAAGAGUCUGGUUUGACCAGUUCAGCAGGUCCCCAGUCUACUGCGACCCCCAUCUCACAAAUACUGCAUAACAUGCUUGUUUGGGACCUACCGGCAACAUCUAAACCAACAACAAAUCCUUUGUUUGGUGGGAUACAGUAUGGUGGGAUAAUAAUACAAAAAGGGAAGAUUGUACAUAUUUGUUAAUGCCAUCUUGGGCCAGGGUUUCAUUCUAAAUCUCACAGCCAGGCUCAGGUCAUGGUAGGGGGAGCUGUGACUGCUCGAAAAAUAAUUUCCUUAGCCAAUUACCUUUGCAUUCUGCGCAGCAUUUUGUAUACUCCACUAGACUUUCUUUAGUCCUAACUAUUACUUGCUUCAGGCAUGAAUUCAUUGGCCACAAUCCAGCAGAGAAUUAGACAUACCUAAAUUCCAUUCAUUUCAGUGACACUUAAGUGUGCAUUGGAUUGUGACCACUAAGAUUUUAGUUCUGUAUAUGCUUCAUAUGGACAGCAGGUGAACUUAUUUAUAUACUUAUUUAACUUAUUUAAGCGUAUAUUAUGUGAUUUGUAUUGUGUGUGUAUGUUUUGUUGUUGUUGCUCAUAUACAAUUAUGCAAGUCUGGCUGGAAUGACAAUUGAAUUAUUACAUUGCACAAAGUUCCUUAUUACACAAUCAUAAGCUAUAAUUGCAUAAUUGCGUCUUGCAGUUGGGUAAAAUAUGUGAAAUUGAUGUGAACACACACAUAUGGCUUCUGUAGUUAUUCAUCAUUACUGUAAUUGCAUAAACACUCAGAGAUAUGUUAAAAACAACAGUACUUAACCAAGCUCUAAAUGUUAAUUAAAUUAGAACAAAAAUAGAUAAGGAAUUGCACAGGCAUGAAAGAAUAAUGCUCCGAAAAUUAUAUUAAUUUGUGAUCUGCCAACAGUAUCAAGUACAAAGCGGAAAGGCACUGGAGGAAGAGCUAACACAACCUCCCUCUCUCACCACAAUGUACUUGGAAAAAAAGCCUUGAGGAAAGGACCGUCAGGUCACAUGACUCCUUUUUGUGAGUGCUUUGUGGAAGAGGCGUUUCCCCAAGAACACUUCACUAUGCAAAUAUUGGUGGGAAAUGUUUGAGCUGACUAUCAACACCUCAAAAAAUAGUAAUGUGGAUCAGCUCUCCAAUUGUACAGUGCAGGUGCAGCAUUAUGAAAAAAAUUGAUAUAUAAAACAACUCCUCCCUGCACAUCCUUGUCAUCUUGAUUUGGCCCAUUUGUGGUGUAUUUAGGAGAACAUUCCCAGGUGAUCUUAAAAAUCAUGGUAGAACCCGGGGGUGGGGGUGGGGGGGUGGAUACAUGGAAUUGCACUGCCAUUGUGCAUGCUGGCUGACCUUCCAGUGACCACUCAGAAGCUCAGUUUGAAUACAUGGGGGGAUCAUUUGAGAGUUUAAACCAACAAGUAUCCCUGAGAACUGACACCUUUAAUUAGAAUAAUAAAAGAAGGCUCAGGUAAAAAAUUUCAAAGCCUAGGUGGCUUCUAAGUAGUUUGCAGGAUUAAGAGCCUCCUAAUACUACAUACAUUAUAUGUAAAAGUGCUUUAAAUAGGCAAGUGAGCAUGCACUAUAUAAUCUAGCAGGUCUGUGUGUGGCUUAGUAUGGAAAAGAGAAGCAGAAGGGGAAUAGAUAGGAGCUGCAUCCUAUUAAUAGAGGAUUUGAAGGUGGCAAUUUUGCAAAUAGGGGGCCUCUGGUGCAAAAGGUGGACAACUGCUAAAUAUAGGAAAGCAGUCUGAGGGAAGGUUGCAAUUAAGAAACAGGCUGAAAUCUGUAGUGCAGUUCAAAAUGGAGUACAGUGGUACCAAGUGUGAGACUGAACGAAGAGGAAGACCUGAAGAUGGCAAAAAAACCCCCCACCUUUUCAGAGGUCAAACACAGUGCCUAGCUGUUAUGUGUCAUCCCCAAAUAUAUGGAAUAGGGAGUUUUCUUGCCUUUCUGAGGCUGGAAUGAAGACAUCUUCCAAUUUAGUUAUGGUAUGUAGUUACCGUAUUUUUCGCCCUAUAGGACGCACCGGCCCAUAGGACGCACCGGCCCAUAGGAUGCACCUAGUUUUUUUUGGGGGGGGGGAAAUAAAGGGAAAAAAAUUUAUUCCCCCCCCCCCCAGCCGCGGAUAUCUGCCCGAAGCGCGGGACGCUCUGUUUCAGCGCGCCCCGCGCUCCGGGCAGCAGGCUGCGGAUGUGUGCCCAAAGCGCGGGGCGCUCUGCUUCGGCGCGCCCCGCGCUCCGGGCAAGCAGGCUGCUAUCCGCAGCCUAGGGAGCCCUGCGGGAACUCCUGCGGGCUCCCCAGGCUUGCUGAUAGCUUCCUGAAGCCUGGAGAGCGAGAGGGGUCGGUGCGCACCAACCCCUCUCGCUCUCCACGCUUCAGCAAAAGCCUGCAUUCGCCCCAUAGGAUGCACACAGAUUUCCCCUUCAUUUUUGGAGGGGAAAAAGUGCGUCCUAUAGGGCGAAAAAUACGGUAUAUGGGUGGAGAGCAGUGCAUUUUUCAAAAGCAUCUUCAAAACAAAACAAAAUAGAUUAGGUAGUCUUUCUAUUGAUAAUAUAUUACCUCACUUUUCUCUCUACAGGAUUCAGCUAUGUAGGUAUGAUUUUGUUCUGCUGGAAAAUAUUGAAAUGACCUUCAGACCUAUUCCAUGCCAUUGAUAUUGAAGUGUGAAACAAUAGCAUCUUUCAAACCUGCCUGCGUGCAUUAAGCACAGACAGCACCGAGAAGUGGCAUAGAGUUAAACUUGCUCCCUUCAAGAAGGUUGAACUUUCAAAGAUUAUGGCUCAGAUUAAGGAUCAGUGAACUGCUACAAGAAAAUCAAAUAAUUUUGAUGCAUAAAGAUGUGUAUGCUACCAGCAAUCAAUUUCUAAUUAACAAGAGGAAAAUCGAUACUGUGAAUCAUAUUCUGUGUAGACUUAGACUACUGUCUUGCACACAAUGCUGCUGAUGUCCCAUUGAAAUUAUAAUUUCAUCCCUAUGUGCUUAGCAAAGCACAUGAAAACAUUGGGUUGUAUCCAGCUAAGUUCUGCUCAUAGUGGAUCCACUGAAAUUAAUGCACAUUUCCAUGAAUUUCAGUGGGUCUUUUCUGAGUAUGGCUUGUUGGAAUUCAAGCCUCUAUCGGGAGAAGCUGGCAACCCUCCCAGGCACCUGGCUUGAGUUCCGAUGACCUCCCUGGCUGCAUUCCCCAGCAAACUCAGGCUAGGUCUCUAUAGGCGACCCUUCCCAGUGUGGGAAGAGCACACCCACUCUUUCCUGCUCCCCCGGCAGGGGAAAGAGAUAGUCAGAAGCGUCUAUUUACAUGGUUUUAUUUCUGACUCUUCAGCAUCACAUAAAACGUGUCUGCUCACUUCAGACAUCGGCAAACAAGUGAGUAAGACUUCCUGUACAAUCACAAGAGGAAAGUCUCAAAUUACACUCUGAGCAAUUUCCGGUAAACUGCCCUGUGAUCUGACUGGAACGCUGUUUCCCACAGUCAGCUCCAUCACAUGAUAUCAACAAGCUAGAUGUCUGCAGCUGCGAUGAGCUCAUAUUCUGACAUGGCUAACAUUGAAUGGAUUCCCCCUUUUCCCCCACAAUAAAUUUCAUGUCGGUAGAGGAUGAGACUUUUAAUCUCAGGGUUGUGGGUUCAAGUCUCUCGUUGAGCAAAAGAUUCCUGCAUUGCAAGGGGGUUGGACUAUAUGACCCUCGUGGUCACUUCCAUCUCUACAAUUCUAUUAUUCUGUGACUGUAUGUUAGACAAAUGUAACGGCUUUUAACAGCAAAUGUGGUAGUGCCAGAAAUCAGGAAGAUAAGAUCGCUGAGAUUAUUCUUUGGGUCUGUGCAUUAUUGGAAAAGGCCUUGUUGGUGGAGAGAACCACAUUGUGCACAUUGGAGACCACAGCCUCACAAAAGCCAGCUAAACUUGAGACUAUAAAAUGGAUCAAGUUGCUACUUUGGGAUAUUAGAAAUGAUUAAAACCAGACAAAGAAGCAAAAGUUUAGCCCCUUUCAGGUGUUUGAAACCCAUAGAUAUGGAAUGCAUAAAGGUGCUAUGUGGAAUGCAUAAGCUAAUCCUUUCCCCUAAUUGCCAGUGCACAUGCCAGCCAUAGACUCUGGCUGUUCACCCAGCUGGAGGAUAUGUCCCCUGUUCAAGGAUAGGAAACCUUUUCCAGCCUGAGGGCCACAGGCAAGAGGAGGGUGCAGUGCAAGGCCAGUAAAAAGUGUGUUCUGGGAAGAGGGAAUGUGUCCUGCAGGGAGUCCUAAUGGCCAGGGAGAAAGAGGCCUGGAGUUUCCGUCCCCUAGACCAGCCUGUAUGUUCCAGUUAGCCCACCAUGUCUGCAGUUCCUAAACAGGCAUCUAACAGGGACUCAUAUAUUCUUCAGCAUGUGAAUAUUAUGAUUUUAAUGUACAUUUAAUAAAGAUUUGUUUAUUUCAAGCGGUGUGCAAGUUGCUACUUAAAAUGUGAUACAUUUAAUGGAGCACACUUGAAGUACAUUUUUUCAGGAAUGUGGAAUUUUGGGAGUUGUAGUUUGUUUAAGGUGUUGAAAGUUGUUAAGAGACUCAUGUCCGUCCAUCCCACACUCACUCCCUGAGCUACCAUUCCCAGAGUGGUUUAAUAAUGAAUUCCUCUUCAUGGGGAACUCUGGAAAUCAUAGCUCUGUAAGGGGAAUAGAGGCAUCCCAAACAACUGUCAGCACCCUAAACAAAUCACAGUUUGGGGGAAGCCAUGACUGUUUAAAGUGGUAGAAAAAUGCUUUAAAGAUAUGGUAUUGAUAUGACCAUUAAACAUAUGGUGUUGAUGUGACCAGAG